GUUCCAGCAAUGGCGGAUGUUUUGAGUGGCUGAAGUGAAAGAAGAUGGCAGAGAAGAGCAGGACGCUGCCGUCAUGGAUGUCCAAACGAGACGGCAAAAGGAAGACAACAGACACACUAAAGAGUUUCCAUACCCCAAAAACACUGAGGUCGGUUUUCUACUGCAUGAACGAAAAAGAACUUACAGAAGCCGCAGCUUCAUGUCUUGCUGCGGAUCCAGAAGUGGAGCUCAUCACCACACACAAGGCGGUGGAGGAGCCAGAAGGCCCUGAGUUGAAAAAGAGCAGGACGGACUCGCCGGCAUCGAAUACGACCAAAAAAACUGUGGUGGAGGAAUUCUCUUCUGAGGAGGACACCCAUGUGUCAGAGUCAGACUUGGACGUCUCUGAGCUACAAACCGUGCCGUACUCUGAGAGCUCAGAGCGCCGCGGUGCGGCUGAAGGUCGCACUUCAGUUCAGGAGCACGACAGCCUGAAGGGCGAUGGCCAACAAUCUGAGACAGCCGAUUUGGACAAGAAGACGAAAGAGGAAGCAGAGGAGGACGAUGAACUCAGAUUAGUGAGGGAGAUUUUUUUUAGCUGAUCAUGAAAAAUGCUGUUCUUGUGAGUUUAUUUUGGAUUUUUUAAAACCAGGAUUUCAUGCUUAAGUUGUGUGAUAUUCUAGAAAAGUGCUCUCUUAAAUCUUAAAUCCUUAUUUUUUUUUCAAACACGCGUCUUAACAGAGCUUUGUUAUGACGCUCACCAGUUUGGAGUUGAAUAACAACAUGUCAGGACAUGAUGGUGCCAAGGACUGAUGCAAAAUAAUGAGGUCGUUUUAUUGGAGUGGUCAUACCUGUGCUCAUUGUUAGCAACUAUUUCUUGGUCACACCUUUAGCUAAACAGAUGGCUUCUCACUCAGAUCUCACCCUGGUUUUGACAAUUUCUAAUUCCAAAUGACUUAUUUUGUACAUCCUUAUUUUUGGCUGUUCCAAUGUCAUAUUCAGUCUGUGAGCAGUUUUUCGGCAAAAAGCAACAAAGUACUGUACUUCAGUACAUUUUUUUCAGUUGACUUUUGCUUUAAUUUUAGCCUCCACAAGUCACCAAGCCUUUUGUCUGCGUGUGAUUUUUACCUGUCUCUGGGUAAAAUAGCGGAUGAAAUGAUGGCUGAAGGAGGACGUGCUGUCGAGUCUCCACCACAGUUUGGCCAUAUCUUGAGCCCAGCAAACUUGAGCGGGGAUUUAUUUACUUUAAUACCAGUCAUCUAAACAAUGAGAAGAAAAAUGUUGUGUGCACUGUGAAGACCGUUCCUCAGUUGAUUCACUGUCUACAGGUUUCACUCUAGCUUGAGCUAGCUGAAUAAAGCCUAGGUCACAAGGUGUAACCCUGGUUCUAAGAAUGCAUGUCAUGCCCUCCAACAGGCCUCACUUUAGUUCCAGAGCAGUGCCUUGGCGCUGAGAGAGGUCAAUGCACUCUCUGCCCAGCAGGGGCAGUAUAGCCUUGCUCUAUAAAAGGGGCCCUCUUCCUGUAAUCUACGAUUCAGUGGACUCAGAGAAAGGGGGUCAGCUGAGCAGCGUCGAAAGAGGGCAUGGCUUGCAUUU